UGCUUUUUUUUGAGCUUAAACGCAACAGUUGACAGUUUUGUUUCGGUGGGUGAACGCGUCAAGUGUUGUACCAACGCGUGGUCCGUUCCUUCACUCAAAAACACGGACGUGGAUAAAGGCGCUUUUUUUCGGGCGAGGGGGCCCCGGCCGUCGAUGUGCGUUUGUUUUUCGGAAGUGUCAGUCGGUCGGAGCACACUUUGCGCUUGUUUGAAAAGUUGUUUGUUGUGGUCCUUGUGGUCGUAACAGUCUUAACUGGUGGAAAAUUACGAUUUGGUGCGGAUUUAUCAGUGCAGGACGUCUCGGCGGCAUUCUCGAGAUUUUGCGAUGGGGUUCGAAGCUUUUGAGGAGUCGUAGUGAAGAUCAGGCCGAGAUGUCAUCAGCGGCCGUCGGGACCCAUCACCACUCGGGGGCCGGACCCCUCAGCCUGAUGUCCUGCGUGAGGGAGUCGUCGCCUCUGCAAGACUACGAGCCCCCCGACAACGAAAAAAACGCGGCGACGAAGAGGAAGUUCUGGAACCCCAGGAAGUGGUUCAAGAGGAAGAACAAGGCAGCGGAGGACGUCAUUCCGGUGGAUAUCGUCGAGAAGGAUGACCUCAGGAGCAGGUCCACGAGCGAGCUGUCCAUCACGGACGACCAGAUUAGAAGGAGCAGGAGCGGGUCGUCGAUGCCCCCCGGCCUCAGCGUCUCCCACGACAGCGUCUUCCACUCCCCGAACUCCGGCUCUGACAUCGAGCUGGAUGCGGCUCAGAGCUCUUCCUCCCUGUCCAUUUCGCAGCCCCAGAUCGACUCGAGGUUACAGACUGAGCUGAGUGAGAGGCUGAGAUUGAGGCGGGGUCGCGGCGACACCAGCGAAGACGAUGAAGGCCUUCCGCAUAGCCCGUGCAAUUCACCGACCACCACCGAGGCGCUUCUCGAUAAGACUGCUAUCAAAGAUCUCCCCACGAAGUCCCACAGCACGUGCAGCGAUGGGUCGCUGCUCAGCAUGGGCAGCUCCGAGAUGGACGAGGAGUCCUUUAGUCAGUCGCGCCACUCGUCGAAGCUCUCUCUGCAGGAGAAGCGCUCCUCGGAUCAAGAUUCCGAUUUCGAGCUAGGGCCGAGUUCGUCGUCGACGCCGCUGAAUCACAGCGCUGCCCAUCACAGGGUGUCGGUGAGGCCCAAGAGACGUGCUCCACAUAGAAACAAGAGAGUGCCUCAGCUGUCGAACGCGCUGCCAACCACACCGGAAGUCAAUGAAGAGUCAUCGAUAAGGAGUGUGACGCCGGAGAACAUUUCGAGAGAAACCGCCCAGCCCGAGCCCCCCAGCAUGAGCACGAAACCGGCCCUCACCGAGACCCAACUAAAAUGCUCUUCUCUUCCUCCCGGUCUAGUCCCGCCCGACGCCGCCGCCGCCGCCUCCAAGCUGAACCGCAGCCGUUCGAACGCCGGCAGCAAGUCGCAGGAGCAGUUCGCCGCCGUGGAGGAGGACGGCGAGAAGGAGGAGCGCUCCGACAAGUCGUUCUUCGAGCGCAUCUUCCCGCGGAGGAGCGCCAAGAAGCGCAAGUCGAAGGAGGAUAAACCACCGCUGCAGCCCGCCAAGCGCGUGGAAUCGAAGCCGGUGGCGGCGCCGCGCUCGGGGGCGGCCUCGCGCCAGCGGAUCCAACCGAUCGACCUGCCGCCGUCGCCGGAGCCGCACAAGCGCGAGCCCGACUGCGUGCUGCCCAAGCCCUCGCCGGAGAAGACCUUGGGCAGCUCGCCGCUGCAAGCCGAACUCGAGACCAGGUUCAGGCAGAGGCAAAUGAGUGCUAGUCUGACGCCGCCGCAGUCGCCCGGGGGGCGGCAAGGCGAGACGCCGUCUGUGAUAAAAGUAGAAGUUAGAAGGGACAGUAAAAGCCGGAUGAAGAUAGCGGGAUUAUCGUCGCUGCAGCAGAAGGUGAUGAUCAUCGGAGACGAGUUGGACGACGGGGGGUUCAAGUCGUUGAGUGAUCUUCCGAACGAAGAGGCGGAGCGGAAGCCGCAGCCGGUGGCGAAGUCGCAGAGCUUCAAGACGGCGGAGCGUGGAAAUGAAAGCACGAAGCCGCCGGUGUUGAAGGCGGCGUCGUUCGAUAGCCUGGAGCCGGUUAAGCGUGACGGCGAAGGGGCGACUAAGCCGGUGGUUGAAGAAUUUAAAGAACCUGUAGUUGCGAAUUUCGACCUAGCAGCCGAGAUUUUCAACGACGUGAACAACAUCACCAUAUCGGGCCCCAGCCACACCGCCGUCGUCAGCGUGUCAAGUCAGUCCACGGAUGCGUACACCACCACCAACACAAAAAGCGAAACUGUGACCUCCGGGGACAAAGUCAAAGAAGUUACCACGAGAGAGGCGGUGUCUGUCACCAAGAUCCAACUCAAACGAGAGUCGACGCAGAUCACCCAGAGCACCGUAAGCGUCCCUAAGAACGCAGUCCCCGAAUUCUUAAACCGACAACUAAACAAAGUGGAAGCUAAACCCACAAGCAACGUUGUCUUCUCCACCAGCUCUUCCCCUAGAAUCGUAGACGAGCAAAGUCGCCCGAAACCCGUCUUCGCGGUUCCAGAGCCCGCCAAAAACGUCCCUCGCAAGUUCAGUCAAGAAGACAUAGAAAUCGUGGAAAAGAACGAAGAAGAUCGCACGUCGACCUCGUCGGUGACGGUUGUCAUCCAGCCGCGAUUCAAGAAAAACGAAACCAAGAGGAAAUCGUCGACGAGCUCGACCACCCCAGAUUCCCCCAGCAGCGACCAACGCAUCCUGCGCAGCCGCUCCGUCAGUCUAGACUCCCUCAAAGGCGAACCCGAAAGCUCCGACAAGUCUUCCCAAGACAGCAUAGACAAAAUCGAGGAAAAAUCAAGCGACGCUCCCCUCCGAGAGAAAACCACAUCAGUCGCCGAACCCGUCGUCCUCCGCAAAAAAUCCUUAAUCAAGCAAAAGAACGACGAAGAGCCCGAACUUAUGAAAGUCUUCGCGCGGCGCUCCCUCAAGCUCAAAGACACCGAAAGCGAAGCCAUCAGUCAACAAGUCGCAGCCGCCUUCGAAGACGCCAAAACCCGCGACAGCGACAAAGAAAACCAAGCCGACUCCCCUCAGGAGGAACGUCGCAGGUCAUCCACGAACGAAUCAAAACUCGACACUGCCGAACCACGCGAACCUCUCACCGAAACCCUCAAGGAACCCAAAAUCAAGGACUCCGUCAACGAACGCAAGUUCAUCGAGGUCGCCGAGGUGACGCUGCGCAAACCCAACAACGUCUACGCGAGGGCGUUCAGCCUCAACCCGCCCAAGGUCUGCGACGAGAGCAAAGUGAAGAAGCAGAGCAGCUUCAACGAGAGGAGGAUCACGGAUAACUGGAUAACGAACAUGAAGAACGGCGACGAUUUGAUCGAGAGGAAGAUUUCGCAGGACGAAAUCAUCACGGGGAUCUCGCCGAAGAGCGACUUCAUCAGCGAGGAGCUGCUCACGGAGAGGAAGAACUUCAACCAGCGGAAAGCCGAGUGGGAGAAGAGGGCGCAAGAGGCGCAGAAGAAGUCGGUGCCGUAAUUAUAUUCCUCCGCCCCGAACGGGUUCAGAAGAGCGCUAAUCAGUUUCGGAAAUAGUUGUAAAAAGUUUGUCGGAAAUCUAAAUAGAGUUACGUCA